CGUAAAGAAGUAAAAACUGCAGACGCUACGGUUUUUUGUUUGUCGUGGAUGAAUAUUAACGUAUAUUUGAGAGUUUCAUAUGUUUAGUGUGUGCGUGUGUGUGUGAGCGCGUGCGAAUUUAAGUUGCCGGUAGAACGAAACGAAGCGUAAUUGUUCCGGUGAUGGUAGAUGAUAGAAGGAAGUAGUGGCGAAACGAAAACGACGAGACGACGAGCGAACGUUUGUUUUGCAACGAGUAAUGUGCGACGCGUUCGAGCGAGUGCCGGAAUCGGAAGUAGAGCAAUGUAUGUGGUGUAGUAGUGAGUAUUAAGUUAUAUACAGAAGAAUCGUAAGCGAGCAAAACCACCUAUUGCGAAAAAGGGUAGUGGGUGUUGGUGUGGAAGUGUUUCCUUAAAUUCUUGUUGUUGUGCCAAAAGGGAAGUGUGGUGAAUUUAUAAAAUACACAGUAAAGCAUCUCGCGUGUUGGUAAUUGAUAGUGUUUUAGCUCGGCUAGUGAUUCGUGCUGCCGAUUACCAAUAGUGUAUGCAUACGCACAUACAUACAUACGCAUAUCUCCAAAAUAGUUGUUGGUUUGUUUAACUCCACUAACCAGCUGCAUCCAGCGAACUGGUCCAUGCGUGCAGAUAAUUAGCCAGCGUUUGCACAUUCACGUCGUCAGAAGAACGUCAGCAGCUGACCGUGCUGGACCACAAACACGGCAGCAGCUCCAGCGACCCCAUUGUGGGUAGUAAAAUAUUCUAAUACCAAAAGAAUAGUGUGAAGUGUUGGGAAAAGUAAAAAAUAUUUGCCAAUUUUAUUUUUGUUAUGUGUCUUUUUUUUAAGCACUACACGGUGCACAUAUAUCUGUACAUUCGUAGACUGUGACUCAAUUGUCAGUCAGUCAUAUUUUGUGUACUUACUGUUCCUCCUCGCUCGGGUCUUCACCUGCACAUUGCGGACAGCUGUUGCGCGCUUGUCUGCUCGUGUGCGGCCACACACUCGUUAACGGUGUCUUUUCCUAUACCGUCUGGUCGGCUGUGAGACAAGCCGCCUUGAUAUUGUAGACAGCGUGACGCCGAGACGUUGUUUGUGAGUUAUGUCUGCGUUUAUCAAUGAAGAGUUUGAGUUGCGUUGCGUUUGUGUACGAGUGUAAUUUAUAAACUCAUUAAAGUGCGCGUAAGGUAGACGGACGAGCUGGUGGCGUGUCUUGGAGCCUUAAUCUGAACAUCGUGCGCGUGGGCUGUCACUGAUAAGCACCAUAAGUAAGUGCGUUUGUGUAUAGUCAAUCAGAAAAGUGAUAUUUCACUGCGAAAAAUUUUGCAAAAAAAAAAAAAAAAACAAACGAAGCCGAGAAACUAAACGUGAAGCACACUCUACCUUUUGCUUCAGCUACAUUACCUAUUGGUAUGUCCAAGAGCACGCGUCGUUAUGCAAAUUAGUUAAAUAUAGCACUUAUGUGUUCGCAUAGACUCGAAAUAUUUUUUGUUUAGUAGCGAAAUUGGCAAAGUGUGAAUGAGGGACGAACCGUCAACCGACCGCCCAACCAGGUAAGCGCGUAGACAAGACAUUUUUCAAUUGCACACCGCGAGUGUUAAGUGCAUCUCCACGUCGCACCGACUGCGGCCCUGUCUGUCGGUGGUACAUGUCGGUGGUGUUUACAUAUUUCCUCACGUUGCCGGUUUGGUUAUAACUUUUUGCGGUUCUUGGUAGAGUAUCGAGCUCCCCAAUGGGCAAUUAACGUGCAUUCGUGUUGUCAUUUAAUUAAAAAUUAAAAAUUCUACUAGAAUACAAAUUAGCCGCAGGGCUGCAGCUCGCUUACGUGAACGUCUGACGUCCCUGUUUGAAGGCAGCACGUGCUGUACGUGGACGCGAACGUUGUCGUUCCGAAGUAGUCAAUGUCGUAGAGGCAAGUUGAAGCUCGGUAGCAGCCUUAAGCAUAGUUUUGCGUGUUCGUUUGAACGAUAAGCAGAAGCGCAGCAACAAUAACAACACGUUAUUUUAGAAUAUUGCUAAUAGGAAGUAUUGCAAGUGUUAAUCGGUCGCGUGUGACUUGAAUACGUGCAGACGACGUAAACGAGCUCACCUUAUAUUGCAUGCAACACAUCUAACUAAGCAUAAAAGUCGUUAAAAAUAUACAUAUUCCUACAUAACUAGUGAAGAUUGUGCAAUGUGCGCGUUUGUAAACAUGUCGGCGACAAUAGCCGUAUUACCAGAGUCUCACAAACAACGUCACAGACGUGUUUUGCCUGCGCUACCAGCGCUCAGCUGCAUCUGUGUAAUUCUGCUCAACUUUAUCGCUGCGGUCGCCGCUGCCUCGUCUGCCUCCUCGUCCGCUUCGAACAGUGAUCCCUGCUAUUUCGAAGGCAAACCACGCAAAUGUCUGCCCAGUUUCGUGAAUGCCGCCUAUGGUAACCCUGUGCAGGCGUCAAGCGUUUGUGGUGCGAGUCGGCCGGAGCGCUUCUGCGAAAUCAAUCGUGAUGGCACGCUCAGCGAAUGUAGCAUGUGUGACCAUAGUAAGCCCGAUGCGCGUUUUCCCGCUAGCGCAUUAACUGAUUUAAAUAAUCCCAAUAAUGUGACGUGUUGGCGUUCCGCAAGUGUGCCAGUGCCGGCCGAUUUGGAUGUUGCGCCGCCGGAUAAUGUUACGCUCACACUCUCGUUGGGCAAGAAAUAUGAGUUGACUUAUGUGAGUUUGUCUUUCUGUCCGAAAUCGCCACGUCCCGAUUCGUUGGCUAUCUACAAGAGUUCCGAUUUUGGGCAGUCCUGGCAACCCUUUCAGUUUUAUAGCUCGCAGUGUUUGAAAUUCUAUGGACGUCCGGAUCGCGCCAAGAUCAGCAAAUUCAAUGAGCAGGAGGCUCGCUGCAUUGAUUCACAUCGUGACGGCACCACCAACCGGUUUGCUUUCAACACGCUCGAAGGUCGACCCUCGGCCAAUGACUUGGACGCGUCGUUGGUGUUGCAAGAUUGGGUUACCGCCACCGAUAUACGUGUCGUUUUCCAUCGGCUUGAGUUGCCACGUGAACUUGCAGCAACGCAGGCAAAGGAUGCCGCCAAGCCAGAUGCCAAUAGUUUUAGCGAUGAGAUGGGCAGCAGUCAGGAGGAUGCCACAGAUGAAGAGGAGGAAGAUGAUGAGUAUGACUACAAUGCGCAAGGCAAUGAUAGCACAUACGAGGAUGAGGAAUAUGCUGCAGAGCCGAAAAAGCAUUUGGAGUUGGAUGACGAUGAUUUAGACUUGGACUAUCCAAACGAUGGCGGCAUCAGUAUUGUGCCAGAGGUCAAGCGUUAUAACAACAAACCUAAACUAUCGGCAUAUGAAAAACAUUAUCAGGCUAAAUCUGCGCUUGCUGCCGCCGCAGCGGCUGCGGUCGCGAGCACUACAAAGACGGCCACCACUGGUACCACAACGGCGGCAAACAAGCAUGCUGUGGUCGGUGUGGAUGGUGGUAAAACCGCAACAACUAAGCCUAGCGCUAAGGAACUAUUUGCCAUUUCGCAACAUUAUGCCGUCUCCGAUUUUGCGGUUGGCGGACGUUGCAAGUGUAAUGGGCAUGCCUCGGAGUGUGUAGCCACUGUGGGUCCAAAUGAAGCUCUGCCGCACAUCUACGGCACUGGCGAUGACUUUGAUGGCACUACGGGUGCUGGUGCGAUGCUCGGACACAAUAAUAACAAAAAUAAUAUUAACAAUGCCAAUGCGAAUGUGAAUGUCAAGUUGACAAUGACGUGCGCUUGUAAGCACAACACAGCCGGACCGGAAUGCGAACGUUGUAAGCCGUUCUACUUCGAUCGUCCAUGGGGACGUGCAACGGACACCGACGCCAAUGAAUGCAAAAGUAAGUUUUUGGCAUAGUCAUUUUUAGAAAAUAUUGGCAACACUGGCAUAACCUUUUUAUUUUGCAUGGCAGUAAGUGGUAGUUUUAAUGGAUUUAAUAUUAUUUCCAUUCAUAAAAUUUUUAAAAAGAAAAAUGAGCUAAUAAAAUUGAAAACCUCAAUGUAAAUGUUUAAAAAAAUUUAAAAAUCUUGUAAAUUUGGGUUUAUUUUUUCAGUGUGACCUUACAAUAAUACGAUGCAAUACAAUUUCUUUUAGGGAUAUAUGUGUAAAGCGUUGCCUACAUUUAGGCAGAGUGAUACAAAAAAUUACUGUAAGAUGAAAACCAAACA